CGAAGAGGCCGGGCUUUGCGGUGCUGCGUCGUGCCACACCGCGCCACACGAGACUGGAUAGAGCCACAGUAAAUUGGGGAUGAUAAAGAAAGAAGGUGGACCAUCUUCCUCCUCUGUCGGCUGACUAUAUGAACCCGCACAGCAUCAGCAACUCCUGACAAAGCAAAGGCAGACGGAGACAUGAGGGUGACGGGAAGUGCUGCUGCUGCUGCUGCUGCUGGAGCUUCUUGCGGUCUGCGUCAAACCUCUCGGUCCCUUAGAAGAUGAUGCUCACUGUGCCUUUUAAAGGACUUUUCUGGUUCAUUGUGUGUUUGUGAACCCCCCACGUUAAAGGUACUCUAUGUUAGUAAUUCGGGUUACACGUACAGCACGGAUAGUGAUGGUCAGCCCAUCUCCAGUUGCUCAAUCACUCUCUGCAUCUGCAUUAUUAUAAAGAGAAACUCACCCUAAGGGAGUGAGAUUUUGAAGGAAUAUGCAGAGAUAAAGAAACCGCUGGGGUUGCUGUUUUUUUUAAACCAGACAAAGCCAUAUCUGGAUGAACGAGUUUUGUUGUUUACCAACAUGAGCUCGCUGUUUUUCUGCGAUACUCCACCCGGUCCGGUCUGCGGCGUCUCCACCGGGUCGGGCGCGGUGACCAGCGCCCUGCGAAACGACCUGGGCUCCAACAUCCACGUGCUGAAAACCCUGAACCUGCGUUUCCGCUGCUUCCUUGCCAAAGUACAUGAGUUGGAGAGGAGAAACAAACUGCUGGAAAGCCAGCUGCAGCAAGCUCUGCAAAGACCGCAAUAUCGCCACCUUUACACUCGUGAAGUCGCCGUGCAGACGGACGGUCCCGAGUCGAGACUGCCGGGCACCAUCUGGAGUUUCACCCACGUCCGGAGGCAAGGGGAGCGCUUUGAGACCCUGCAAGGGCCCGGGGUGACAUGGACACAUCCGGAUGGUGUUGGUGUCCAAAUAGACACCAUUACCCCAGAACUGAGGGCUCUGUAUAACGUGCUGGCCAAAGUCAAGCGUGAGAGGGACGAGUACAGGAAAAAAUGGGAGGAGGAGCUGUCCAAACGACAGCAACUGGAGUCCACGGUGGAAUCCCUGCAGCAGAGCGUCCAGGAGUCAGCAGAGAUCCAGGAUGAUCUGAAUGAGAAGGUGGACCGACUGAAGGCUGAAGUUGUGGUCUUCAAGAGUCUGAUGAGCGACCAAAUGUCUGACCUGGACACCAAGAUUCAGGAGAAAGCCAGGAGGGUGGACAUGGACAUCUGCAGGCGGAUUGACAUCACAGCCAAGCUGUGCGAUGUGGCUCAGCAACGCAACUCAGAGGACAUGUCGAAAAUGUUCAAUGUCAGUCCUGCCAGAUCACUCCCUGAGAAGGGUGCCAUGGCCUGCUGCAAGAGAAAAGAGCGUAAAGCCGUGUCUGAUGAGGAGAAUUCAGAGAUGGAUGCCGAGCCAAGCACUUCAGAGGAGGAGGUCCCCGGAUCGCUCAACAUCACGGACGAAAUGAAACGCAUGCUUAAUCAACUACAUUGUUCAGAUAACUCCUUUGUUGCCAGGCGUGAGACAUUUGAAAUCGACGACGACUGUGACAGUCUGACGUGGGAGGAAAACGAAGAGACUCUGUUGCUGUGGGAGGACUUCGCAAACUAUAACAUGCCAUACGCCAUUGCUGCGCCAACCUGCACAGCCACCGGCCCCUGUGAGGGCAGCAAUGAAGCUGCAGAUCCAGACUCCCAGGAUGGAAGUCUUGGCAGCCUCAUUGAUGAAACAGAGUCACUAUUUAAGACCAGAGAGCAGGAGUACCAGGAGACCAUCGGCCAGAUUGAGAUGGAACUUGCCACAGCAAAGAGUGACAUGAACCGACAUCUACAUGAGUACAUGGAGAUGUGCAGCAUGAAGAGAGGCCUUGAUGUGCAGAUGGAGACCUGUCGGCGGAUGAUUAAAGGCGGCAGGAACUCUCCCUCUUUCAGCUCUGUGGCCAGCAGCGACUCAGGGAACACAGACGAAAUCCAGGAUGAGAUUUCAGACAAGGACGCAGAAGCUGAAGUUCCCGUUAGUUGAUGACUGCAUUGCCGGGCUUUGUCCCAUCUCCCCCCUUGUGCCCGUGGUUAUCACAGGAUUUAAAGGCCCGCUAGAGAGGUGGACCAUUCUAAAUCUGGGUCUGUCUGACAUAUUAAUUAAAGUUCUGCUGGUUGUGCUCACUGGUGCAGGCCCAGAACUGGUGCUUUUAUACUAUUUCCGCUGUUUAGAAAGUGGUGGUGGAGGAAAUUCUUUGCUUUGCAAAGAGAAAAAGAGUGCAUAUUUAAACUAUGCUGUGCUCUCUUCCUCACCGCUGCCUCGUUGAAUCCUUGUCCAGAGCUUCAAAUGAUUUUUGGGAGAAAUAAAAUAAAUAUUUUAAGUGGGCUGAGAAGUUUUUCUACCCUAUUAAGAUCCUUUUUUUCUAAAGGAAUUAAAAACAGUACAUAUUGUGCUCCUUGUUUAGUCAACAACAGAUACAUUAUUCACCAAAAAUAUAUCUUUUU